AUGUCGUCCUCGUCCUCGUCGUCGCUGUCAUCGGCCGGCAAUCGCCCGGUCGAGCUCUAUACGGCCGCAGUGGCCGGCCUCGGCGCCCUCUUCUUCCUCGCGGCCACCUACAAUGUCCUCGCCGCUUCCCUGCCGCCCCGACGCCGAUCUCCGCGCAGCGAUCCCCGUACCAAUGGAAGCCGAACCUUUGCUACCGAUGGACAGGCCGCUACCACAGCCGCUGCCGCUGCUGCUCCUCCUCUGGCCCGUGCUGCACCUGGCCCCGCACACGCGACACGGUCAGGCACCGAUGACGCCAAACCGCCGCCGGGCAAGACGACCGACCAGAGCACGGUGCAGGUCACCUACCCGACCACCUACGACAUGUGUGACGCCGGCUCCUAUCCAGAGGGCCAGGGCCAGGGCCAGGGCCAGAGCCAGGCUCAGGACCACGCCGGGCGCACGCUGCACAAGGUGCGCGCCGGUGCACUGCUGCGCUGGAUCGACGUCGUGGCCGGCGUCAGCGCCCGCAAGCACGCAGAGUCGAGCUGCGUCACCAUCAGCGUCGACUCGGUGCUCCUCCUCAAACCGGUGUACCUCGGCGACCUGAUUCACCUCUCGGCCUCGGUCAACCGUGCCUGGGGAAGCAGCAUGGAGGUCGGCGUCCGGGUCGUCAAAGAGGACCCCGUCACCGGCGCAAAGGAGUACGUCAGCCACUCGUACCUCACCUUCGUCGCCGUAGCCAGGCCCGAUCCGGCCGACGGCGGCAACGGCGGCGGUGGUGGCAGCGGUGCCAACCAACCUCCGGCGCGCGUCCGUCUGGCGUCCCGCGGUCCGGCUCCGGCGCCGGCCACGACGAGUGCGCCGACGACCGCUGCCGCUGCCGAUGCCGAUGCUGGACCGGGUGCGGGGCUGUGGAGUUGGUUUGGCUUCUCGUCCAGCCCGUCUGCGCCUCGCCAAGCGUCGUCUGGCCCGUCCAACAGGCAGUCCGGAAAGGUGCAGCUGCGGCCCGUCAUCCCGCAGACGCCGCUCGAGGCCCGUCGCCACAUCAUGGCCGGGCGACGUCGUGCCAAACGCAUCGACAAUGCCAAGCGCGGCGAGGCCAGGGACGGCGUGUCGACCGACGUCAAGCGGGAGCUCAAGGACGAGGUGCUCGAGCUAUCCAGGCUGGGAGCAAGGAGGCGCAGCAGUACGGGUCCUCCCGGCACAGAGGACGGCGGCGGGCAGCCACUGACGAGGCACCGCCUGCAGUUUGAAGAGGGCGACGUCAAGGCUGCCGGCAGCGACCUGACGGGUCAGGGGCAGAGUCGGACCAGGCAGGACAUUGAGCUGGACGCCCUCGAGCUCGAGUUUGUCGUCGAGGCCUACGUGGCCGAGGAUCCCGCCGUCACGGUGCGGCAGGACCAAGGCAUCGUCGAGAUCCAUCUGCCGGGAGAUGUGCCGCUGCGACAUCCGUUGGACGUCGUCGAGCGCCUUGCCAAGCAGGUACGACGGCAGCAACAGCUAGGCCAGACGACCGUCGACGAGGCCCACCUCGGAUGGACGGCCGAGCGCCUGGCCGCGCCUCUGGCCUCUCCGACGGGGGAAGCGGCGACUGCGACGUUGGAACUGCAGCCGAGCGGCGGCAGCGGCAGGGAGCCAAAAGCAGCGCACGCCUCGUCGUCGGCAGGUGCUACUGCUGGCGCUGGUGCUACUGCUGAUGCUGCCGCUGCAGGGACGGUGGCCCAGCCAACUCCGGCCAAGUCUGCCCUGGAGCGCAAGAAGUCGGUCUUUUCUCCCCUGCGCGGUGGCAGCAGCGGCUUUGACAGCGACGGCGAGGCUCUGGGCGAGGCGACGGCAAAGAAGCCGGCCGAGCGACAAAAAGUCUCGUCGUCAACCUACCCGCCCGCGCCGUCGUCGCAGAGGGCCGAGGCGGACACGAGCGCGGGCGCGAGCGCAGCCAGGGCUCGCCGUGGUCAUGGCCGGAACGACGAGGUGGCGCGGCCGAUUGACGUGGGCAAGACGGUCGCGCGCACGCUGCACCUCGUGUUCCCUGAGCACACCAACAGCGUUUCUGUGCUGUUUGGUGGGCAGCUGAUGGACUGGAUGGAGGAGGCCGCGCUGCUGGCGGUGCGGCACGUCGGGCGUGGGCGGCGGUGGAGCACGGUCGGGCUCGACGGGCUCGAAUUCGAGCAGGCCGUGGGCAUCGGCGAGGUUAUGAGCUUUACGGCGAUUGCGGUGCGCUCGUUCCGGCAGUCGUGCGAGGUGUACGUGCUGGCCGAGGCCGAGGCGCCCAACGGCACGCGGCGGCUGACCAACGAUGCGCUGUUCACGCUCGCCUUUCCGCUCGACGAGGUGCGGGGCGGAGCGCGGGCCGGCGCCGACGCCGAUGACGGAGAAGGUCAACAAGGGCGGCGCAUGCCGCAGCGUAAAGACGUCGAGAUGGUGACGGGGCUGCGCGACGUCGUGAUGCCACCGUCGUCUGCGCUCGAGACGUUUGCCGCCGUCGCCCCGCAGCGGCGAAAGGCGCGCCUCGAGAUGCGCGACAUGCUCAACCGGCUGUACUCGCAGCCGCAGUAG